AUGGCUACUGCAAUGCAGCACCUUUCCGCUGGAUCACGCGUCCAAUGGCUUUCCGAUCUGGACACUGAAUUCAAGCCAACCAAGAACUACCGCCGUACAAGCAUCAUUUGCACUAUCGGCCCCAAGACAAACAAUGUUGCAGCACUCAACAAGCUUCGAACAGCCGGUCUCAAUGUCGCGAGAAUGAAUUUCUCUCACGGCUCUUAUGAAUACCAUCAAUCCGUCAUUGACAACGUGCGCGAGGCCCAGAAGGUGCAGGCCGGUCGUCAGGUUGCUAUUGCUCUCGAUACCAAAGGCCCGGAGAUCCGAACUGGUAACACCGUCGGUGAUGCCGAUAUCCCCAUCGCAGCUGGAACGGAGAUCAACAUCACAACCGAUGAGAAAUACGCUACCGCUUGCGACGACAAGAACAUGUACGUCGACUACAAGAACAUCACCAAGGUCAUUGAGCCAGGACGUAUCAUCUACGUUGAUGACGGUGUUCUUGCGUUUGAUGUCGUCGAGAUUGUUGACGAGAAGACCAUCCGUGCUCGCGCCCGUAACAACGGCAAGAUCUCCUCCAAGAAGGGUGUCAACCUCCCCAACACAGAUGUCGAUCUCCCAGCCUUGUCUGAGAAGGACCAAGCCGAUCUCAGAUUCGGAGUCAAGAACAACGUCGACAUGGUCUUCGCCUCUUUCAUCCGUCGUGGUGAUGAUAUCAAGUCCAUUCGCAAGGUCCUAGGUGAAGAGGGAAAGCACAUCCAGAUCAUUGCCAAGAUCGAGAACAGACAAGGUCUCAACAACUUCCCUGAGAUUCUCAAGGAGACUGAUGGUGUCAUGGUUGCCCGUGGUGAUCUGGGUAUUGAGAUUCCGGCUGCUGAAGUGUUUGCGGCUCAGAAGAAAAUGAUUGCUAUGUGCAACAUGGCUGGCAAGCCAGUCAUCUGCGCCACCCAGAUGCUCGAGUCCAUGAUCUACAAUCCCCGCCCAACCCGUGCCGAGAUCAGCGAUGUUGGUAACGCCGUUACUGAUGGAGCCGACUGUGUCAUGUUGUCGGGUGAGACUGCCAAGGGUAGCUACCCCAACGAGUCUGUUACCGAGAUGCACGAGACUUGCCUGAAAGCCGAGAACACCAUUGCCUACGUUUCUCACUUUGAGGAGCUCUGUAACCUCGUCCAACGCCCAGUCAGCAUCGUCGAGUCUUGCGCCAUGGCUGCCGUCCGUGCCAGUUUGGAUAUGAACGCUGGAGCUAUCAUUGUUCUCUCUACCAGUGGAGACAGUGCUCGCCUCCUUUCCAAGUAUCGCCCAGUCUGCCCGAUCUUUAUGGUCACCCGGAACGCCAGCGCUUCUCGAUAUGGUCACUUGUACCGUGGAGUCUAUCCUUUCUACUUCCCCGAGGAGAAGCCAGAUUUCACGAAGGUCAACUGGCAAGAGGAUGUCGACCGCAGAAUCAAGUGGGGUAUCGCUGAGGCUAUGAAGCUCAACGUUCUUACCCAAGGUGAAACUGUUGUCGUUGUUCAAGGCUGGAAGGGUGGCAUGGGAAACACAAACACUCUCCGUGUGAUCAAGGCCGAGCCAGAGGACCUCGGAUUGGCCAAGUCGUAA